AUGGUUCUGAGAAAUUGGGAGACGACAAAUGUGCUCCAGAAAGAUGCAGAGUUUGAUGUCACAUACAACGACACUGUUACGAGCGAGAAUCAGACCAUCUAUGCUUUCAAUCACACAGUCUCCAGGAAUAAGACUGAGGGUGUCCGAGUGACUGUGGAUGUCCUGACCCAGGCCUCAGAGAGUCCCAUUCUGUUUGUGGUCCGGCAAAAGCAAGCUGUACUAUCUUUCCAAGUCCCUUUGAUAUUAAGGGGCCUAUAUCAACGAAAGUAUCCAUACAAUCACAUUGGGAGAACUUUGUGCCAACCUCCAACAGUGGUUGCAUCUGAGACGCAGUAUUUCUAUGUGGAUGUGUCGACUUUAUCAAGCCAAGGCACAAACUUCCUGCUCCGUGUCAGCCGCGUGGAGCACUUCACACUGCAGACAGACAAGAAGUUCAGCUUUACAGCCUCUCCUUCACAGCCUCAGUAUUUCAAGUAUGUUUUUCCGGAGGGAGUGGACACUGUUAUUGUCAAAGUCAACGCUGACAUGAGCUUCCCUUGCUCCGUCAUGUCCAUCCAAGACAUUCUGUGCCCAGUAUAUGAUCUUGACAACAAUGUGGCCUUCAUUGGGAUUUACCAGACUAUGACCACAAAGGGUGCCAUUACAGUACAGCGAAAGGAUUUCCCCAGUAACAGCUUCUAUGUGGUGAUGGUGGUAAAAACUGAGGACGAAGCGUGCGGCGGCCCCCUGCGCUACUACCCUCUCAGUCCAGACCAGCUUAUCGACGCCGGGAAUCGAACCAAGAGGUUGGACGUUGUGGUGACUCCAGCUAUCAAAACUGAAAUCUAUGUAUUUGGGAUGCUGUUCUGUCUGGGGAUCUUCCUGUCUUUCUACGUUCUCAUUUUGAUUGUUGCCUGUGUUUACAACAGACGAGCAAAGAAGGUUUUCCUUGAGCCUCCGGACAUGUCGCCUGCUGAGACGGGCAAGAUGGCAGCCUCGGCCUACGAAUAUGGAUCCUUUGCGGACAACGGCAGCACGGUCAGCUCAGAGGCCGUCACUGACAGCGCCACAUCAACAGACAACUACGGUUACAUAGAGCGCUCACUGGACAGCGUGGGCCGCAGCCGUCAGGAGUCACUCAGCUCCGUGGAGGAAGACGACUACGACACUUUGGACGACAUCGAGUCAGAUAAAAACAUCGUCCGCACAAAGAAAUAUCUGUGUGUGUCUGAUCUGGCGCGGAAAGACAAGCGGAUUCUCAGCAAGAAAUAUCAGAUUUAUUUUUGGAACAUUGCCACUAUUGCGGUCUUUUAUGCUUUGCCUGUGAUCCAGCUGGUCAUCACUUAUCAAACGGUUGUAAAUGUAACAGGAAACCAAGACAUCUGCUACUAUAACUUCCUGUGUGCACAUCCACUCGGAGCUCUGAGCUCUUUCAACAACAUCUUAAGUAAUCUAGGAUACGUGUUGCUUGGCCUCCUCUUCCUCCUCAUUGUUCUGAAAAGAGACAUUAUGCACAAUCGAGCUCUGGUGCGCAAUGAAAUCAAUGCUUUGGAGUGUGGAAUCCCUAAACACUUUGGUCUGUUUUACGCCAUGGGGACCGCGCUCAUGAUGGAGGGUCUGCUCAGCGCCUGCUACCAUGUGUGCCCCAAUUACACCAACUUCCAGUUUGACACUUCGUUCAUGUACAUGAUCGCGGGGCUGUGUAUGCUGAAGCUGUAUCAGAAGAGGCACCCGGACAUCAACGCCAGCGCCUACUCCGCAUACGCCUGCCUCGCUGGCGUCAUCUUCUUCUCAGUGCUCGGAGUGGUGUUUGGGAAAGGCAACAUGGUGUUCUGGAUUGUGUUUUCUGUUAUCCACAUUUUGGCCACUCUCCUCUUGAGUACCCAGCUCUACUACAUGGGCAGAUGGAGGCUAGACUCCGGAGUUCUACGGCGAGUGGUGUACAUUAUUUACACCGACUGUAUCCGACAGUGCAGCGGCCCCAUGUACAUUGAUCGAAUGGUUUUGCUUGUUUUGGGAAACAUAGUCAACUGGUCUCUAGCUGCUUAUGGACUCAUUAAGAGACCAAAUGACUUUGCCUCGUAUCUUUUGGCCAUUGCCAUCUGUAACUUGCUGCUGUAUUUUGCUUUUUACAUCAUCAUGAAGUUGCGCAGUGGAGAGAGGAUCAAGUGUGUGCCCCUCAUCUGUAUUGUCUUCACAGCCGUCGUCUGGGGAUUUGCUUUGUACUUUUUCUUUCAGGGUCUCAGCACUUGGCAGAAAACUCCAGCAGAGUCUCGUGAACAUAAUCGAGAGUGUAUCCUGCUGUCGUUCUUUGACGAUCAUGACAUCUGGCACUUUCUCUCCUCCAUCGCCAUGUUUGGAUCAUUUCUGGUUCUGCUGACAAUGGACGACGACCUUGAUGCUGUCCAAAGAGACAAGAUUUAUGUUUUCUGA